CUUUGCGAUCGUCGCAAAUUCGAAAAUGAAAUCUAAUGAUCAAAAUUGUUCACCGGGUCGGUACUUCAGUGUGUGACCCGAUCAAGUGCUCUUGUCGGCACAAGAUAAAACAGAUGUAAUUUAAAAGCGACAUGGCAGACUUCGUCAAUCAGGUGUUUGGUUGGUUAAAUCCAACUUGUGCAUAAGGUGCAUCGCCGGUGUCCUCGAAUUGUUUUACGGGGGAGUUGUGUGUGUGUGUAUGUGGGCGUGCGAUCGAAUAUAUAACACAAUAAUCUUUAUUACACAUAAUGACCUCGUUAAGCGGUUUUAUCGAAUUUUUUCAAAAAGGAAAGACGUUUAGACCGAAGAAGAAAUUCGCUCAUGGAACGUUACGUUAUUCUUUGCACAAGCAAGCUCAAGCCUCUCUUAAUUCCGGUAUUAAUUUAAGAGCCGUUGUUAAAUUACCUCCGGGUGAGGAUUUGAACGAUUGGAUCGCUGUUCACGUUGUAGAUUUUUUUAAUAGAAUCAAUCUCAUAUACGGCACGGUGUCCGAAUAUUGUGAUUCAGCGUCCUGCCCGGCAAUGAGCGGCGGUGCACGUUUCGAAUACUUGUGGGCGGACGGUGAAAAAUAUAAGAAACCGACAGCCCUGCCGGCGCCGCAAUACGUUACUCUUCUCAUGGAUUGGGUCGAGGCUCAAAUUAAUAACGAAACUGUUUUCCCAGUGUCGACAGAUGUGCCGUUUCCCAAGACGUUUAUACCAUUAUGUAGAAAAAUCUUAACUCGCCUCUUUAGAGUUUUUGUCCAUGUAUAUAUCCAUCAUUUCGAUCGCAUUGUAGCAAUAGGAGCUGAAGCGCACGUGAACACGUGUUACAAGCAUUUCUACUACUUUGUAACAGAGUUCGAUCUAAUUAAUUCUAAAGAAUUAGAACCACUAGCCGAAAUGACUGCUAAGGUUUGUAAGGACAGUGCUUCUCCUACUCAAAAUACAGCGCCGUCAACCAAUCAGAGCAGAUAGUUACGUUAUGGUCACGCUUCAAAAAACUGACAACUGUAAUUCACAGUGAAAUAGUGGAAUCUUCAACGCUUGUGUUUGUUUACGUGCGUAUUUAAACGAUUUGUGAGAUUUCAGAUCGUGCUCUAUUUGUGUGCAUUGCAAAAAGUUAAUUAUCUGUUUUGUAGUGAUAUUAGUUUAAAAAAAAAUAUUAUCUUUUUUCUUUUGAAUAACAAUUUAGAAGAAAACUCUUACUGAUAAUUUGUUUAUUUUGUGUUUAUCACGUGGCAAAUCAAAUUUAGUUUACAUGAUUUAUUCUUAUAUUAUUAUAUAUUAUUAUUAUUAUUAUUAUAUAAUUUUAUGUUCUAUUUAAUAUUAAAG